AUGUCGGAGAAAGCCUUGAAGGGGCUUCACUCUUCCAUUGACUUGGUUGUCAAGGAUCCAGCGCGGAAAGACUAUGCCUUAAAGGCUUUGGCCGUGCACGGCCGUGCGUUGCAGUUCUUAGCGCCCCAGCUGAGGGCUGAUAAGGAGGUGGUGCUGAAAGCUGUGAAGAACGACGGCUGGGCUUUGCAGUGGGCAGACCAGGAGUGUCGAAAGGAUCGGGAGCUGGUGCUGAAGGCGGCCAGCAUGCCAGCGAGCCCGAUGAAGUUCAUGGAACGCGAGGAACGUAUGGCGUAA